AUGACGUCCAAAGAACGUGAUUCGUCUUUAAAGAAGAAUCAACAUAAUAUGAAUCAACAAAAUAACAACAGAAUCAACAUAACCACAAAUCCGAUACAAUCUUCAGCUGGUUAUUUGAACAUGGCACAAAGCAUUACUAAUGGAACCAAUAAUAUUUUGAAUAACCAGUCUCCUACAUUGAAUGUAAACGACAAUAAUAUUUUAAAAGUACUCAUGGACGCUUAUCGUUAA